ACAUAAAUUGGCAAAUCCUCAAUUUCCUUCGCCUCUCUGUCUCUGUCACACCUUAGCGGAUCAGUGAUUUGUGGUUUAUUUAAAUUCAUAAUCCUUAAAGUGUGUCAUAAAUUAAACAAAAAGCCAAAAGUUCGGCUUCAGUGAUUUUUCACGAUUUCACGGUUUCACGGUUUUAAAUAUAAAGAGGAUUAGUGUUCACAGUUUAUUUAAAAAAGAACAUUUAAAUAUGGAAUAUAAAUAUUAUUUUAAGGAUUCCCAUCUAAGUGAAGCUUUGUUUUUCAUCAAAAAUGGUUAAAAAGUCUACUAUACUUUUAACUAUAUUAGACCUCGUGAUUACUAUUUACAUUUUUCGAGAUUUCUUAUCACAAAAUCUUAAGUCAAUAUAUUUAAAAUUUAAUAAAUAAACUGACUUCCACAAAAUCUGACACGCCACCUAUGAGAAUAUUUACAAAGCUGUAGCUUCUUAAAAACACCGUAGGAGGGCGCCACUUAUCAGCUGUGAUUUUCCACCCUUAUUUUCAUAUCCUUGUAAAUCCUGAGCAACCCUGGCAGUCGAUAGCAUCCUGCGACCCAAGGACUACCCUAAAACGUUACACAUCUCCUCGACCUUAUCCUUUCAGAGUCUGGAAAAUAAUCAGGAAUGGAUCCCUCGAACCUUCCCUUCGGAUUCCCCGGUCUGCCCAACCACGGACACAUGCCCAUUCCGCCCACGGCGAAUAUGCUGGGUGCCCACCCCGCCCCCACCGCCAGUCCGCCGCAAAGCGUCCCCGGCCGCAGGACGCCUCUGGGCUCUGUGGGACUUGGCGGCUUCUAUGCCCAGGGCAUGGGCAUGUCCCAGCCGCCGACUGAUGAGAACAAGCCAGGACCCAGUGCUCCCGACAAGUCUCUGAGCCCCACCGCCGUCGCCAUCGCGGCCAUCAGUGGCGGCACCACCACGGUGGCGGUGCCGAGUGGCUCCGGAGGCGGUAGUGGGUCUGGGCCAGGGGGCUCCAACGGUGGGAAGCAGAAGAACCGGCAGGGGAAGACCGUGAGGCUGAACAUCAAUGCCAGGGAGCGGCGGAGAAUGCACGAUUUGAACGAUGCCUUGGAUGAAUUGAGGAGCGUGAUUCCCUAUGCCCACUCCCCGUCCGUGAGGAAGCUGUCCAAGAUAGCCACUCUUCUUCUCGCCAAAAACUACAUACUGAUGCAGCAGAACGCCCUCGAGGAGUUAAGAAGACUCCUCGCUUAUAUACAGAGCACCACGGGAGCAGCUCCUCUGGACCUGGGGUCCUUCCCAGCUGCCGCCAAGCUGCAGGCUCUGCUCCAAGGACCUCACAACGAACCGCCCACCAGCAGCAGCAGUUAAGCCCCCAGUCCUGAAAAGCAAUCGACGAGCAAUAAUUUUUAAGUCAAUU